AUGAUUCGGGCCAUCUGUCCCAUUUGUGUUCUUGUCUUUGCGCUCCUCUUUGUGUGCAUGGAUGCACGUCCCGAAUCGCCAGGCCGCUCAAGGCGAGCUCCUGCUGCCAAAGUGCGACUGGCAGGUAUCGGCCACAGAGAAAACGAGGGACGAGUUGAAGUCCUGCACAGUGGGACGUGGGGCACCGUAUGCGACGAUGAGGUCGACAUUAAACUCGCUAAUGUGGUUUGCAGGGAACUGGGUUUCCAAAGUGGCAUAACAUGGGCGCACAGUGCCAAGUACGGAGAGGGAGAAGGCCCCAUUUGGAUGGAUAAUGUGAGGUGUGAAGGAACGGAGAAAACUCUGAAAGACUGCAAGUCGAACGGAUGGGGUGUUCAUGACUGCAAGCACUCUGAAGAUCUCGGGGUGGUCUGCAGUCCAGAGAGAAGGCUGGACCAAGUGCAUCCUGGAGUCACUAGAAGAGGGCACACCAUCUCUCUCAGGCCAAACGCAGUCACCUCGAACCGUUGGCAGGACAUUUACUCCAGUUCAAGGACACCUGCACAUCUCAGACCAGGCAACGGACAUUCCCAGGAUCAUACCAGAUGGGAUCAAUUCUCCAGACAGCAGUUUCAUAAUCCGUCUGCCAGUAGGGUGAAGAUCGAGGAAGUCCGUCUCAAGCCGAUCUUGAUGGUUACAAAGAAGCGUGCUCUUGUUACGGAAGGUGUGGUGGAAGUAAAGCAUGCUGGGAGAUGGAGACAGGUGUGUGAUAAAGGCUGGAGUCUGAACAGCAGCAGAGUUGUGUGUGGGAUGCUUGGCUUUCCUGACGCGGAGCAGCCCAACAUGAACACCUACAAAAAAAUAUGGGAUGAGAAAGUCAAGGAUUCAACAACCAGAUUGAGUCAGAUGACCAAGAAGAAGGGAUUCUGGGUUGAGAAAGUACAUUGCCUGGGCACAGAGCCCAGUCUGGCGGAGUGUCAUGCCCAGCUGUCAAUCCCUCGAAGCCCGGGCCCCUGUAAGAACGGUCGCCAUGCAGUGGCCCGCUGUGUCCCAGGACCACAGUUUGCUCGUAUGUCCUCUGGCAGACCCCAGGCACCUCACCCUGCAGAGCUGUCAGUGCGUCUGAAGGCAGGACCACGUCUGGGAGAAGGAAGAGUCGAGGUUCUCCGUGAGGGAAAGUGGGGAACCGUGGUUGACCACCGGUGGGACCGGAUCUCAGCCAGCGUGGUGUGCAGAGAGCUGGGCUUCGGCACUGCCAAAGAGGCUCUUACCGGAGCAUACAUGGGUCAAGGGACGGGGCCGAUCCACAUGAACUCAGUGCAGUGCACUGGCACAGAGCGCUCCAUUUUGGAUUGUUACUUCCAGGAAGUCCCUCCCUGGACAUUCAAACACAGCCAGGAUGCUUCUGUCAAAUGCUAUGUUCCUAAGACAGGCUUUGAGACCACGGUGCGGUUGGCGGGCGGCAGGGACCCGGCUGAGGGUCGUGUAGAGGUGCUCAUGGAGGUGGGGGGCAGAAAGCGCUGGGGGACGAUUUGCAGUGAGAACUGGGGAAUAAAUGAAGCCAUGGUGGUAUGCCGGCAGCUGGGCUUUGGUUUCGCCGCACGGGCCCAUCAGGGGCACAGGGCAGGAUAUUUCUGGGCAACAUUAGUGUUAUACAGUAGUUGUUUUGUGGAGGUGAAGAGGCAUUAUCACAGCAUUGAAGUGUUCACACAUUAUGACCUCCUCACACUCAACGGAAGCCGAGUGGCCGAAGGACACAAAGCCAGUUUCUGUCUGGAAGACACCUACUGCCCUGAUGGACUUCAGAAGCGCUUUUCAUGUUACAAUUACGGAGAUCAAGGCAUUUCGGUGGGUUGCUGGGACACUUACCGCCACGAUAUCGACUGCCAGUGGAUAGACAUCACUGAUGUCAGACCUGGAGACUACAUCAUGCAGGUUGAGGUAAAUCCGUCGCUGGACAUGGCUGAAUCAGAUUUUAUGAACAACGUCAUGCGUUGUCGAUGUAAAUAUGAUGGACACAGAGUGUUUAUGUAUGGCUGUCAUGCAGGUGAUGCCUACAGUGCUGAAACUGAAGAUUUAUUCGAACAUCAGCGUCAGAUCAGCAAUAACUUCAUUUGAGCCUGGUAAAGAGAGGUGAGAGGAGAGGAUGUUCAUUAAUGGCUCCCAGAAA